AUGCUCACAGAGAAACAACAAGAAGAUCGAGAUAUACACGAAGCGAAGAAGAAGACGAUACAGAUCCAGAACGCCAUGGGUUUAGGCAUCUUAGCUUCUCGAGCAAUUCGACCAGCUUCUCGUCUUCUUCAUCCUCAAACCACUAAUUUCUUCCUCCGCCGCACCAUCGUCUCAAAACCAGAACUCCAAUCUCCUGAAGCCGCUGCUGUUUCUCAGCCUGAGCCGCCGAAUCAGAUUCUCCCUCCUAGGAACCCCGUUGGUGGAGCACGCGUCCAUUUCUCGAAUCCUGAGGAUGCGAUCGAAGUUUUCGUCGAUGGUCACGCGGUCAAAAUCCCUAAAGGUUUCACCGUUCUUCAGGCUUGUGAGGUCGCUGGAGUUGAUAUCCCGAGGUUCUGUUACCAUUCGCGCUUGUCGAUUGCUGGAAAUUGCAGGAUGUGUCUUGUUGAGGUCGAGAAAUCCCCCAAACCUGUUGCAUCCUGUGCCAUGCCCGCUCUUCCCGGGAUGAAGAUUAAGACUGACACCCCAAUAGCAAAGAAGGCGAGGGAGGGAGUGAUGGAAUUCCUGUUGAUGAAUCAUCCUCUGGAUUGCCCGAUUUGUGACCAAGGAGGAGAGUGUGAUCUUCAGGAUCAGUCUAUGGCUUUUGGAUCUGACAGAGGCCGUUUCACUGAGAUGAAAAGAUCUGUAGUUGAUAAAAACCUCGGUCCUCUUGUGAAGACUGUUAUGACUCGGUGUAUCCAGUGUACAAGGUGUGUACGAUUUGCUUCAGAAGUUGCUGGGGUUGAGGAUCUUGGCAUGCUAGGUCGUGGUAGUGGAGAAGAAAUUGGAACUUAUGUUGAAAAACUUAUGACCAGUGAACUCGCUGGAAACGUUAUAGACAUCUGUCCUGUGGGAGCCUUGACCUCAAAGCCCUUUGCCUUUAAAGCCAGAAACUGGGAGUUGAAAGGAACAGAAACCAUUGAUGUUAGUGACGCUGUUGGGUCCAACAUCCGAGUUGAUAGUAGAGGACCAGAAGUGAUGCGUAUCAUUCCACGCCUUAAUGAGGAUAUAAAUGAAGAAUGGAUAUCUGACAAAACUCGCUUCUGUUAUGACGGCCUGAAAAGACAAAGGCUGAGCGAUCCUAUGAUUCGAGAUUCCGAUGGACGAUUCAAGGCGGUGAGCUGGCGUGAUGCCUUGGCAGUUGUGGGUGAUAUCAUCCAUCAGGUGAAGUCCGAUGAGAUUGUUGGAGUAGCAGGUCAGCUAUCUGAUGCAGAAUCCAUGAUGGUAUUGAAGGACUUCGUUAACAGAAUGGGUUCAGACAACGUCUGGUGUGAAGGAACAGCUGUUGGCGUUGAUGCUGAUCUUAGGUACAGCUAUCUUAUGAACACUAGCAUCAGUGGACUUGAGAAUGCCGAUCUUUUCCUUCUAGUUGGUACCCAGCCUAGGGUAGAAGCUGCAAUGGUGAACGCUAGGAUCUGCAAGACAGUCCGUGCAUCGAAUGCUAAAGUUGCAUACAUUGGUCCACCAGCAGAAUUCAACUACGACUGCAAACAUCUUGGGACUGGGCCUGAUACCCUCAAAGAAAUUGCUGAGGGACGUCACCCAUUCUGUUCGGCUCUCAAGAACGCCAAAAAUCCUGCUAUCAUUGUUGGCGCGGGGAUCUUUAACAGAACAGAUAAAGACGCUAUCCUCUCUGCUGUUGAAUCCAUUUCACAAGCCAACAAUGUUGUCCGACCAGACUGGAACGGUCUAAAUUUUCUCCUUCUGUACGCUGCUCAAGCUGCUGCUCUUGAUCUUGGUCUCAUUCAACGGUCUGCUAAAGCCCUUGAGUCUGCAAAAUUCGUCUACUUGAUGGGAGCAGACGAUGUAGAUGUUGACAAAAUUCCUAAAGACGCCUUUGUGGUUUACCAAGGACACCAUGGAGACAAAGCGGUUUACCGGGCAAAUGUAAUUCUACCUGCAUCGGCCUUCACAGAGAAAGAAGGAACCUAUGAGAAUACAGAAGGGUUUACCCAACAGACUGUUCCCGCUGUUCCAACGGUUGGUGAUGCAAGAGAUGACUGGAAGAUCGUGCGAGCCUUAUCUGAGGUUUCGGGUGUGAAGCUUCCAUACAACUCAAUCGAAGGUGUAAGAUCAAGAAUCAAGAGCGUCGCACCAAAUCUGGUCUGCGCAGAUGAGCGAGAGCCAGCUGUUUUUGGGCCUUCAUUGAAACCCGAAUGCAAGGAGACAAUGAGCACAAUGCCAUUCCAAACUGUCGUUGAGAACUUUUACAUGACAAACUCGAUCACAAGAGCAUCAAAGAUCAUGGCGCAAUGCAGUGCCGUGCUCUUGAAGAAGAGCUCACUGAAGCAGCGUGAUGAAAACCCAGCAACUAAGCUCUUAGGGAAUGGUAUUGAAUCUGAAACAAACCCAGCAGCAAUUGGUCAGGAUCUUUUGAAUGAUGAGAUUGUUUCUGAACAUUUAACCAGGAAUAUCCAGUUUUUCGAUCUUGAAUCUCAACGUAAAGUAACUGGAUCAUAUGUUGUGGUCAUUGGACUUGGAGGUGUAGGGAGUCAUGCUGCAUCUAUGCUCUUAAGAUCAGGUGUUGGGAAACUCCUCCUCGUUGAUUUUGACCAGGUGUCACUUUCAUCAUUGAAUCGACACUCUGUUGCAACGCGAGCAGAUGUUGGUAUUCCAAAAGCUGUAUGUCUCAAGAAGCAUUUCUCUUCAAUCUUUCCUGAAUGCCAUGUAGAAGCCAAGGUGAUGCUGUAUGACACAUCGUCCGAAGAAGAAAUUCUUUCAGGCAAUCCAGAUUUCGUUUUGGACUGCAUUGACAACAUCGAUACAAAGGUGGCGCUUUUGGCUGCAUGCGUGAAGAGGGGUUUGAAAGUUUUAUCUGCAACUGGUGCGGGUGCUAGAGCUGACCCAACAAGAAUCAGAGUGGCUGAUAUAAGAGAGUCGACAAUUGACCCAUUAUCUCGAUCUGUAAGACACAGAUUGAGGAGAGAACACAGCAUUGAAGGAGGCAUUCCUGUCGUGUUUUCCCUGGAAAAACCAAAAGUGAAGUUGCUUCCUUUUAAGGGGACAAAUGGGGAAGACGAGAAUCCUUCAGAUUAUCAGGUAGUUCCUGGCUUUCGUGUCCGGAUAAUUCCUGUUCUCGGAACCAUCCCGGCUAUUUUUGGACAAAUCAUGGCCUCCUAUGUUAUUACACAACUUGCAGGUGUGCAAGUUCAAAUGGAGCCUAUCGUGAAUCUAGAUUUGGAUCAUUACCGAACGCUUCAUCAACGUCUCAUUGAACAUGAAGAGACAGUUUAUGGAACAUCUGCAGAAGUCCAGGUGGAUGUUGAGGAAGUGAUGUACAUAGUCAAAGAGUUGUGGCACGGACGAAGUGCUAGAGAUCAGGCUGCAAAAGAUGUUGGAAGAGGAAUGUGGCGAGCCAUGAACGAGUUGAUGCUCAUAAGAUGGGAUGCAAAGAAGCCAGCGUCAGUCUCGAACUUGAUCCUUUUGAAGUUUAAAGAGGCGGAUGAACAUGAGGCUAAGACUAUUGAGGAAGUGAAAGAGAGAGAAGCAGAUUUCUUUGAAAAAGUUUCAUGCGUGCUGAAGAAGGCAGAGCUGGAUUUCUGUGUCUAG